AUGUAUCUGACUGGAGUUGCUUUCAUAAUAGGACCUGCAUUCUCGCCGGCUUCUUUCCCAGCAGAUGCAGAAUAUCCGUUUCAAAUUAAUUAUAAAUCAGUAAAAGUUAUCAUAUAUUUGCAACAGACUUUGGUUGGUUUUCAAUGCACUGCACACAUAUGUUUAAGUGUAUUUGGCGCGCUUUUACUUUGGUUCACGGCCGCGAGAUUUGAAUGUCUGGCCGUGGAAUUGAAAAAAAUCACUAAUAUUGGUAUGCUGAUUAUUUGCGUUAAAAAACAGUUGCAUGUAAGGAGAUAUGCAAAAAGAGUAGUAAUUGGUUUUCGCUUUAUAAUAUUUUGUGCCAUAGGAGUAAGUACAUUUGCUCUGACUUUAGGUGGAAUUAUAAUAAUAAAGUACAAUUCAUAA